CCAUGCAGUCAGCCGAUGCGGGAUUACAGAAAGCCUUCUCGAUACUACCCCUAGAGCUUUUCCUCACUGUUCUCGAUCAGCUCGUAGGAACCCGCGACGGCCAACAACCCAUUGCUUAUCCACCGUCUCACCCCGUUACCAAGGCUCUGCGUGCACUCACACUUGUGUCGCAUAAUAUCUCUCCUAUUGCUUCAAGAUACCUUUACACGAACUGUCUUUAUUUGAGCAACAGCACCAGCUAUGCUCGCCUUCGAAGAACGCUGGGCCUCAAUGUUGGCCAUCCCUCUCAAGCACUCAAGUAUGGCGAAGCUGGCCUCAACGAUACGAUCUUUGCAGACAUGCCACGAUACAUAACAUCUGCUUUCAUAUCUCCAUUGAAAUCAGAUAGGGAUGGACAUACUAUUCGAUUACCACAUGUUAUUAAUCUGUUCAAAACCAUAGGCCCCAUGCUGAAGAGGUUGGCAUUGGAUCUACAACCGGUGUAUACGCCCGCGAGCGAGGUGGAGCGCAUUAGGCCACACAUCAGCGAGAACAACAUAUUCUUGCAUAUGCCACAAUUGGAAGAGCUUAUCGUCAGCUUUGAUGUCACAGAUUACUUCCCAUAUCCACCCCCUAAUCUAAAGCGACUCGCGAUUACCACACAGGAGAUGAAGGACGAUGGGCCGCUGGAGUUCUGUUUUUCAAUAUCAUCUUUACGAACCCUGGUCUUUUUGCGGCCUCCGGAACUACAGGCAACAGAUAUCGAUCGCUUGUUCUCGUACUAUAAGGGACAUAGUCUGGAUGCCAUACUUGUAGACGUCAACUCUAAUCAUCGAACGCCCCUGGGUACUAGAGCUUGGAAAGACGACGACAAAGUGAGGAUAUGGGAGGUCGACGUACCGACGAGCUUCUAUGGCGACGAUGAAGAUCUGGUUCUAUGCGACAACUGGAUGUGGAAUCGUGGAGUUGAGGGUACGCUCUGGACUCAGGAUAAGAGGGGAAUGACAAGUUGGGAUGAUAUUGAACGAAGACUUGCUGGACCAGUGCAUCAGAUUGCAUAUGGAUCUCACUAACAGUUCUGGUAUUGGUAGGUGGACUGAACAAACGUGGCAACGGUUUUGCGUAUCAUUGGGCGGUGUUCUGUCAUACUCAGUUGUCCUUCAUGUCCGCAAUGUUGGUGAAACCAAGAGGGCCCUUUUGUAAAGGCUCAACAUAAUUAAUGUUUGUCGCGUAACCUGCUCCACUCCUCGAGUAUAGUCCUACAUUCUCUCGAAUGCGCAUUAUCUGAGACUCCAUACUGCAGUUGGACGAACAUGCGACGUAGCAGGAUAUAUUCUGG